ACCAUGAAUGAAUAAAAAAAAGUUGACUCGCAGUCUACAAAAAUAUUGCCUAUUUACGGUUAUCGUAAUAUGUUUGUGAAGUGUAAGGCUAAAAUUUGUGAAAUGGUUUGAGCUAGACGAAUAGUUUAAUGGUUUAAUUCAGGUUUCUGGUUCAAACCAGGUAUACUAGAGAAAAUGGCAAAUGAUCCCCUAAAGAGAAGUAACGAGAGACUUUCGGAAAUUAGCGAGAGAUUAGAACAAAGUCAUUUAGUAUAUUUACAAACUGAAGACACGCCCUUAAAAUUAGAACAACGUCGAAAGCUUGAAGGGUUCAUUAAGGAAUACUUGUGCCUCGUACAAAAUGAGUUGAAAUAUACUUUCCCAUCGACUGCAGAUAUUCUUCAUAGAUCUGCAGCUACAGUACAAAAUUUUAGUGGAUACAGGGCUUGUACUGCUUGGAGUGCUAUUUCAUUAUACGCCGUAAAUCUUUUGUCACAACCUUGGCGAAAAGAGUAUCGAACUUUAAGGACUUACAGUGGAUAUUAUAAACAUGAGGUUGAAGCCAAUUUGAUUGGUGCUGAGGUGAUGUUUGAAUUAAUGGGCUACAAACACACUGGCUUGGGAGUUUUGUCUCUGGAAGGACCGAUCGAUCCGGACAAAGUUUCGUUCGUCAGCAGAGAUGCUAUUGUUGCCUUUGUAGAGUGUCAGAUACUGAAGGAAAUUUGGGAAGGCGUUUCAAAGAACUUCACGAUCUCCUGGCUCGAAGUCUUGGAAUUUCGAGAAAACCACGUGGGUACACCGGAGCAAGCAAUUCGUGCUUUAAGCUACCGAUUCCAUGAAAAAUUGCGCCACAGCGAAUCGAAACCCAAUCCUUAUUUAAAUUAUACCUACUUGCCUUCAGUUCCCACUGAUGUAAUAUCUCCCUCUCUCCAAUAUCCUCUCCCAGUCAGUAAUUAUAACACUUUGAUGUGCCCUCCAGAGUAUCCGUACUUGGGAGGGGACACGGGACUCUUCCUGGGAAAUUAUCGACUCGAUUAUCCCGAAAAUCUUGGCAACACUUGUGGUUACAGGACCACCAAACAUUCGCAAGUUCCUUACCACACAGGCAUGGCAACCUGUACAUCCGGAGUCCCCACAGGUUGUUUAAUCGAACUCGAUCCUCCGAAUCACGAGAAAUCUCACAGUAUAAAAAUGAACCACAAAAACUGCCUCGAUGAAGUUGAUUUAUGUCCCCGGAAAAUCGGAAACAACGACCUCUAUGCAAAAGUCGAUAGGAAAUUGAGCACGCCUUCUUCCAAUGCAGAGAACUGGGACUACGUUUACGCUGGUCUCAAGAGCACCGGAUAUUCAAAAGAUCUGGGAGAUCGAGAUGAUAUUCUUUACAAAAGACAAGUUGCUGUCCAAACUCCCAAACACAGGCCUGUGAAGCCUACAGAAUUUGAAGAAAAGUUUCAAAAGUUUGAAAAGAAGAGAUUGAGUCGCUUGCAGAAUGAAUUGGAAAGCGCUACAAACAGCAAAACUAAUCAUCAUGACCUUCACAAGAAAAAAACUCCCUUUCAUGCUGCUGCUGAUUUUAAUUCUCGAACUGAAUUUCCUUCUGAGAAAAAUCAGGACAAGAGCAAGAAGAUUAAUCAGACAAUGACGAAUUUAAACAUCUUUCAAGCGACAGAUACGGAGGAACAAAUUGCUCAGGAUAUGAGGGAUUGGAAGCUUUCUCAGAACGAUAAUAAACAGGACGAAGGGUGGACUUGUACUUGGUGUACAUUUUUGAAUGCACCUGAUAAUUCCAUUUGUGAAAUGUGUGUAAAGUCUAGGUAUAAGGGAAAUGAGGAUGUGCCGCUUGCUAGCGGUGGUAAGGAAUGUCCACAAUGCACUUUGGUGAACGAGAAAGAUGUUGUGAGAUGUAGUGCAUGUGACGCAGACUUGAAAUACUCUCCUACUUAUAUUUAAAAUACACUGUGGUAUUGUGAUUCGUAGUUGAGGCUCGAUAAAAAUGAAAAGAUUGAAGUGAAUCUUUUAAAAAAGUUAUUGCAAUGGUGAGUUGAAUAAUAACUUCUUGGAUUCUGUAUUAUGUAAGCAGAGAUAUUAAUUUGUAAAUGUUUAUCAUUUUUUUAUAUACGCUUGGACCUUAUAAUCCAACCGCCACUAACACUGAUCUAUGCACUAGGAGGUAUAGAGGGUAUAUUUUGCUUAAAAUAUCGAGAAGCGUGCGCUGAUUAUGAAUAUCUACGGCACUUUUUCACAAAAUUGUUCGCUAAUUGUUUAAACAAGUUUAUUUAAAUCAAAUACUGUAUUUAUGAGAAAAUAAUUCUGUAAAAUUUAUUUUGGAAAGUUUGAACUAAGACAACACUGUUUGCUGUUUAAUGCGCGUACUCUACACAAGAAAAAUAAAUUUUCUGACCGAAAUAAAACUUUUAUUCAGGGACGAAUUUUAAAGAUGGUCAUUUUGAAUAAAUGUAUGUAAUAUUCCAUACAUAGAUGCAAAAAAGACCGUUUUAAAAUGUUCACAUAAACAAGUUUUAUUUCGAUUGGAAAAUUUCUAUUUUCUCUGUAGGAUACAGAUCGUAAAAAGCAAUUUAAAUUUUUUGAAAUUUUUCUUUUCAAUAGGUACUAAGAUAUCCAUAUCCACCUCAUAUAACUGCAAAUAUGUCAAUUUUGGAAGUUUAUUCUUGCCAACCCCUGAGUAGUCACAUUGCGACAAGUGAAAUUGACGGCGAGUUACAUUUGCAGAAACGCACAUUGCGUUAUCUCUCACUCGCAAAAUUUAAACAUUCAAGUAACUUUUUAAUGUUACACAAAGUAUUUAACAUUUUUUUCUGCAUUAGUUAUACCGCAAUGUGACUUGCUGCAGUUUUUCUAAUUUUUUGUAGACUUCAAAUUCAUCGAAAUAAAAAUUGCCGCAAUGCGAGUUGCCAGGCGUGAUCUAGAGUCUAGACCCUGAAUUGAAUGCAAAUUUUAUCGCUUAUAACGCUAUAACUUGAAAACGGUCAUUUGUAUAAAAAAGUGUAAACGGCACCAAGUUUUUUCUUGGUUCAGACUUUCCCAAACAUAUUUUACAGCAUUUUUUCAUAAUUACUGUAGUUGUUAAAAAAAAAAAAAAAACUU